AUGAGAGUGUCUCAUGUUGUCCAAGGUCUUAGUCGGGAAAAGGCUGCCACCUUUCUAAAGCGCCUUCAAGCAGAGCCUCGCUACCUUUUAGCGCAGAAUGUGUCAACAUGCACCGACCCAAUGGAAGUUUGCCUACACCGAAAGACUGUCCAGGAUACUGUGCACAUCUUUGAGCAUGCUAUCCCUGCAGAGGGCAAGCCUGUCACCAACCAAAAAAAUUCAGGCAGGUGUUGGAUCUUUUCAUGUCUCAAUGUCAUGCGACUUCCCUUCAUGAAGAAGUUUAACAUAGAGGAGUUUGAGUUUAGUCAGUCCUAUCUCUUUUUCUGGGAUAAGAUUGAGCGGUCGUACUACUUCCUUCAUGCCUUCGUGGAGACUGCACAGAAGAAGCAGCCAAUGGAUGGACGGCUGCUACAAUUCCUUCUUUUCAAUCCAGCUAAUGAUGGAGGACAGUGGGAUAUGUUGGUCAAUCUCAUUGAAAAGUAUGGUGUAAUACCAAAGAAAUGCUUCCCAGAGGCAAACAGCUCAGAGGACUCCCGCAAAAUGAAUGGCCUUCUUAAUCAUAAGCUAAGAGAAUACUGCUACAAAUUGAGGAGCUUGGUGGACAAUGAAGUACCUCAAUCAGAAAUUUCCGAUGCCAUCAACACCAUGAUGGAGGAGGUGUUCCGGGUGGUUAGCGUUUGUCUUGGCAGCCCACCUGAGACCAUAUGUUGGGAGUACCGAGAUAAGGAUAAGAACUUCCAUCGUGUGGGACCUAUCUCCCCCCAAGAGUUUUACAGGGUGCAUGUAAAACCCCUGUACAACAUGGAGGACAAAAUCUGCCUUGUGAAUGACCCUCGACCCCAAAACACCUUCGGGAAACUGUACAGUGUAGAGUACCUUGGUAAUAUGGUGGAAGGUCGUAAGACACUCUACAACAAUCAGCCCAUCCAGCUUCUAAAAAAAGCCGCAGCAGAGUCAAUUAAGGAGGGAGAAGCUGUGUGGUUUGGCUGUGACGUUGAAAAACAUUUCCAUGGCAAGCUGGGCAUUAACGACUUGAAUGUCUUCAACUAUGAGCUGGUGUUUGGAGUUUCAGUGCAGAACCUCACUAAGGCAGAGCGCCUAGUAUGUGGAGACUCUCUCAUGACCCAUGCCAUGAUCCUUACUGCUGUGACGGAAAAGGAUGGAAAAGAAGGCUUUGAAAAGUGGAGGGUAGAAAACUCCUGGGGAGAUGACCGUGGAAACAAAGGUUACCUCAUCAUGACAGACGACUGGUUCUCAGAGUAUGUGUAUGAGGUGGUGGUGGACAAGAAGUACCUCUCCCCUGAUGUUCUUGACGUAAUGAAUCAAGAGCCUUUUAUACUUCCUGCCUGGGACCCGAUGGGAUCUCUGGCCUAA